UUCGCCACUCUAUACAGUCUAUGCUCAACCGACUCUAAACUGCUGGUUUGUGUCUUGUGUGCCACAAAGAAGCACCAUGCUCCGCACCGUGAUUUCUCGAGCCCUUCCUAGACUGAGUCAGCCCGCGGUGUGUCACUUCUCUGCGGCCGCUAUCCCUGCACCCAACACCCAGCCUGAGGUCCACUACAACAAGCUGUUCAUCAACAACCAGUGGCACGAUGCAGUGAGUGGGAAGACCUUCCCCACCAUCAACCCAGCGACUGGGGAAGUCAUCUGUCAGGUGGCAGAGGCUGAUGCGGCCGAUGUAGACAAGGCGGUGCAGGCGGCACGUAAUGCCUUUAAACUUGGGUCACCAUGGCGACGGAUGGAUGCCUCUAAUCGCGGCCUGCUACUCCACCGAUUGGCCGAUGCCAUUGAGAGGGACGCUGCCUACCUUGCUGAGCUGGAGACCAUCGACAAUGGGAAGCCGUACGCUGUUUCCUACACGGUGGAUGUGCCCAACGUGAUCAAAUGUUUCAGGUACUACGCAGGCUGGGCUGACAAAUGGGAGGGGAAGACCAUCCCCAUCGAUGGAGACUUUUUCUGCUACACCCGACAUGAACCCAUUGGAGUCUGUGGACAGAUCAUACCGUGGAACUUCCCUCUGCUGAUGCAGGCCUGGAAGCUGGGCCCUGCCCUGGCCACUGGGAACACCGUGGUGAUGAAGGUCGCUGAGCAGACUCCGCUCACAGCUCUCUACGUAGCCAGCCUGAUCAAAGAGGUGGGCUUCCCUGACGGUGUUGUGAACAUCUUGGCAGGCCUGGGGCCGUCAGCUGGGGCUGCCAUCGCCCGGCACAUGGAUGUGGACAAGGUGGCCUUCACUGGAUCCACAGAGGUGGGUCAUCUGAUCCAGCAGGCGUCAGGCGGCAGUAACCUGAAGAAAGUCACUCUGGAGCUGGGAGGAAAGAGUCCAAACAUCAUCCUGUCUGAUGCCAACAUGGAAGACGCAGUGGAGCAGUCCCACUUCGCUCUGUUCUUCAACCAAGGCCAGUGCUGCUGUGCUGGCUCUCGGACCUACGUCCAGGCAGACAUUUACGAUGAGUUUGUGGAGCGGAGCGUGGAGCGAGCUAAGAGACGAGUGGUGGGAGACCCCUUCGACCUGAAGACCGAGCAGGGACCUCAGGUGGAUCAGGAGCAGUUCAACAAGAUUCUGGGCUACAUCAGCAGCGGAAAGAGAGAAGGAGCCAAGCUGUUGUGUGGAGGAGGCGUGGCUGCAGACAGAGGGUACUACAUCCAGCCCACCGUGUUCGGAGACGUCCAGGACAACAUGACCAUCGCCAGGGAGGAGAUCUUUGGUCCAGUUAUGCAGAUCCUGAAGUUCAAAUCCCUGGAGGAGGUGGUGGAGAGAGCCAACGAUACUAAAUAUGGCCUGGCAGCCGCUGUGUUUACUAAAGACAUCGACAAGGCCAACUAUGUUUCGCACAGUCUGCGAGCCGGCACUGUCUGGAUUAACUGCUAUGACGUGUUAGCGGCUCAGGCUCCAUUCGGAGGUUACAAGUCUUCCGGUAACGGCAGAGAGCUUGGGGAGUACGGCCUUGAGAACUACACAGAAGUCAAAACGGUGACCAUGAAGGUGCCUCAGAAGAACUCCUAGGGAGUCGGAGAGCUGCUGACUGAAGAAUGCGCCCGCUCUCCGUUAGACCUGUUGAAGUCACUUAAACACUAUCAAUCGCUUUGUAACAACAAAAACAUCUACACAAAAUCUCUUUUCUACUUGUCUUUAUACAGGACAUUUUUGAGCUGGAACCAAUUUAUGAAUGUCUCAAUAAGAAUUUGUAUUCAGCAUUGCAGGCCCUUGUUUGUAUACAUUUUAAUUGAAGAAAAAUGUGACUAUAUUAAUUUCAUCAAAGAAUAUGCAAACAUAUGAGCAAAGAAUGAAAAUAAAUAAAAAGGAUGCUAUGUA